UCACACAUGGAUGUGUUCUUCCAGCCAAGCCUCGGAAACCCUUUCGACAUCGAAGUCGGCUAUUUCGACACGGUGCUCGAGAUCAAAGAGAAGAUCCACAAGCAAAAGGGAAUCCCUAUCUCCACACAAACCCUAGUCUUCAAUGGCGCCAUCCUCCAAGACAAUCUCAACGUCCACGACUCUGAUAUUCUCGACCGAUCCCGAAUCCAUCUACUCCUACCCUCCGACGCAAUCGCAGCCGCCGUCGAUUCCCCGCCCACAUCAUCGUCGUCGAAGAAGAAGAUCCAGCUCCUCCUGAAAAUGCCGCCCCCCAAAUCAGCAAUCACCGUCGAGAUGGAUCUCGACGAGACCAUCCAGCGGCUCAAGGAGAAAAUCCACGAGUGCAUGGAAGGGGUACCGAUCGCCCGGUUGGCGGUGGUCCAUGCUAAUGGGAUCGAACUUCACGAUCAUAAGACCGUACGGGAAUGCGAGCUGUCGGAUAAAUCGGAACUUAACGUGGGCAUUCGUUCCUCUCCGAGAAGAACUUCUUCGCGGUCUUCGUCCGGCAACACGAGCGGCGGCAUUGGUGGUGGUGGGCCGGGGAAGUUGAGGAUUUGUGUUCUGAACAAAGGCGGCAACGAGAAGAUUCCGGUGGAGGUGAACGGUUCGAAUAGCGUCGGGGAGCUGAGGAUGAAGCUGCAGAAGAUGAAAUUGGAUCUUCCACAAGAAGGGUAUUUUUUUAUUUACAAGCAAAAUGUAAUGGAUGAUGAUAGGUCUUUUAGAUGGCACCGUGUUGUUCAAGGAGAUGUAAUCGAGAUCUUUGGCGGGAGUGUUACGGGUGGAUCGUAGCCGUCUCUCUCAUUUUUUCUCUCUCUCGUGUUUCUCUUGUGAGCGUAGGGAUCGAAAUUGGAAUGAAAUUUUUCGAAUGUGUCUUAAUGGAUUUAGGCAUAUGAUGCCUAAUUUGAUGUGGGAAAAAUCUUCAAUUAUAAAUACUUGGAUCAUUCAUUAUAUCAAUUUAAGAGGUAUGUUCAAUUUUAGCUUUCUUUAAACUUUCUUUCUAUUCUUCUUGAAUUUUCGAUUGGUGACUUAGGCGUGCGUUUUAUUGGUGGUGAGUACGUGGAUAUCUACAAGGGUUGAUCCAAGAUGAAUUUUUUUGGGGUGCGAGAAUGAAGGAAGAAUUUACAGGGGUUGGGUGCAGCGUCCCCAAUUUUUUUUUUCUUGAUAUUAAUUUGAAAAAACAAUAAAAGA